AUGUUUCAUAAAUUCUGUAGUGUUAGGAAAUCUUUCAUACUAACACUGAUUUGUCUGGAUUAUCUCCUUAGAGGACAUGGUGCGCUUUUGGAAGGAACGUUGGUGGAUUUCUCUCGCCAUGUUAUCACAGACGCUAAAGGGAAGAAGGAACGGUGGUACAUUGUCUAUCUGAGACCUGGCAGGAUACAUCGGAGGAAAUUUGACAAUAAAGGAAAUGAAAUUGAGCCCAACUUUAGCGACACUAAGAAAGUGGCCACCGGCUACCUGAUGUCUUCUUACCAGGUGGAAGCAAAAGGUGAAACUGACAAACUUUCAAUAGAGGAGCUGAAAAGUCUCAUCAACAAAGAGGAACUCACAAGGAUUAGUGAUAAAUUCCUCCCCAAGGACACGGUGGCCUUUUGGCUCCCAGAAGCCGAGAUGGAGAAAACUGAACUGGAAGCCGGAGAGCAGUUGCGUGUGAAGACAAUUGGUGAUGGGCCAUUUCUGUUUUCUUUAGCGAAACUUGACAGUGGAACGGUGACAAAGUGCAAUUUUGCUGGUGAUUCUCAAACUGGGGCAUCUUGGACAGACAACAUAAUGACCAACAAAUCUCGCAGCAGCGCACCUGCUCCUGAGUCCCGGGGCCAAGGCGAUGGCGCAGAAGAUGAUGAAUGGGUAUGA